AUGACGAAAAACAACGAAAGGAGAGUUCUGAUAGAAUCUGCUCCACAUCGGCUGGAGGCGGCCUAUAAGGAAAUAUUCACCGACGGAGCAUUGCAGUUUCUGGGUGAAUUGGUAUCCAAGUUUGAUCCAGAAAUUGAAGAACUUCUGCAAAACCGAUGCAGACGUCGACUGUUACUUGAUGAAGGAAAGUGGAAGCCUAGAUUCCAAAACGAUAGCGAGACGCUCGAAUGGUCCAUCGACAAGUUGCCAGAGAGAUUGCGUAAUCGAAAACUCGAUCUAGGAGACGUAAGUCCAGCCAACACGGUCCACUUUGUCGAUUGCCUCUACGCUAACGUGCAAGGGAUACAGGUUGAUUUCGAUGAUGGACACUGUCCAACCUGGCGAAACACUGUGCAAGGUCUUUUCAAUGUUAAGCGAGCGGUACAAGGUGAUCUCCCGGGAGCCCCAGCGGACGUACAGGCGUAUCCGAUACUGAUGCUGCGUCCCAGGGCGCUUAAUAUGAUUGAGCAUCACUGCAUUGUAGAUGGGAAGGAAGUAAUAGGACCCUUGUUUGAUUUUGCGAUUCUCAUGUACCAUAACGCUCGUGCAAUGGCCAGUCUAGGCAUUGGUCCAUUUUUAUAUUUAUCAAAGAUUGAAGAUCCAGCUGAAACACAUUUGUGGAAUAAAAUUUUUACAUGGACUGAGCACGUGUUGGGCUUGGAUAAAGGAACGAUUAAAGCAUGUGUUUUAAUUGAAAAUAUUCUCGGCGCUUUCCGCAUGGAGGAUAUUUUGUAUUCGAUCAGGGAACAUGCAAUCGGAUUGAACUGUGGCAUCUGGGACUACUGUGCCAGCAUUGUCGCAAAAUUUGGAAAGGAUAAAGAAUUUCUUCUGCCUGAUCGUAAUAAGUACGUGAACAUGGGUCAACCGUUCCUGCGAAAUUACAUGCGCUUGCUUAUUAACAUAUGCCACAGGAGGGGUGCUCUGGCCACUGGAGGAAUGGCAGCCAAAAUUCUGCCGAUUGGAAAAGAAAAACCUCUUCUAACCGACGAAGAAAUCAUCGAGAGUGUAAAAUUGAGCAAAUCGGUUGAAAUAGAUGCUGGCGUCGAUGGAUUCAUGAUUUACGACUUGCGAAUGGUGGAUGCCAUCAAUGAUUUGUGGCACCGAAAGAGUCAUUCCGAUAAUCAACUAAACAUCUUACCAAAUAUUAACCAAGUAACGGCAGAAAGUUUGCUGCAGAUACCACAGGGCGGCGUUACUUUAGCUGGCCUUGGCAACAAUAUUACUGUAGCACUGCUCUUCAUUUAUCACUGGCUUACGGGCAGCGGUGUGUUCUUUUUAAACGGAUCCGUUGAAGAUUCAGCAACGGCGGAAAUUUCCCGGUCCCAACUGUGGCAGUGGAUCCGUAUGGGUGCCACAGUGGAGGACGCUGAAAAUACUGUCGUUACGCGAAAAUUAGUCUACCAGAUGAUGGACAAAAUAGUCUCAACCGCUUACAGAGCAUGGUGUAUUACGGCGCCCGAUCGGAAACGCCUUCUUUCUUCGAAAUUCAUGCUGUUGGACAUUAUUUCCUCGAGGAACUACAUUGAGUACAUUACAACGCACCUAAACGACAGUCACAAAUUUCGAACUCUCCACAACAAAAAUGACGGGCUUACGGCUAAGUUAUGAAGUUGAUGGGUAUUGAAAAAGCUUACUUUUAUAAGUUAAACCAGAAGAGUUUCAAAUAAAUGUAAUU